GAGCGUAAGACCAUUCACUGCCGCCGCCCCUCCCCCGAUUUCUUCUUCUCCGGCGACAUCCUGCGGCGGCGCGGCGACCCCUUGACGAGAAAACCAGAGCGACGCUCCUCCUCUGCGCGCGUCGAUCUGCAGCCACGAACUAACUGGACGAGCAGAGCACGAACAGCAGCGCGUGGACCCCUGCCUUUUCGACAUCAAUACAGCACCGACACAAACCGUUCUGUGAGGGUCAGUAGAAGUUAUUAGAAUUUUCUUCAACAUAAUGGGCGUCUGUAAAAUGACAUACAGACAAGUACGGGAACCUGCUUUAUUCAGAACGUCAUGGAGGAUGAAAAGCUCGAGAAUUUUCAGGUUUGAUGUUGAUUCUCCAAGUUUCAUUGCCACGCCAUUGAUUCUUAACUCAGUUAUUUCUACAAGUUUACUGUUUAAAUCGGAACGAUGCUUCUAAUUCCCAUCAAACACCAUGAGAAAUUCGUUGGGCAUCCGCGUGGUUGCAAACCGGUACGCCGCACAAUUGCAACUCUGUUGCCCACAGAAUCCCUCUUCCUUUUCACUUGCUCGGACUGUCCAUGCCCACAUGAUUGCUUCGGGAUUCAAGCCUCGUGGGCAUCUCGUCAAUCGCCUGCUCGACGUAUACUGGAAAUCGUCAAAUCUUGUGUAUGCGCGCCAACUGUUCGACGAAAUUCCCAACCCAGAUGCUGUAGCGAGGACUACAUUGAUCACGGCAUACUCUGCAGUGGGGAAUCUAAGUCUGGCUAGAGCAAUAUUCAAUGGGACUCCAUUGGUCAUGAGGGACACUAUUUUCUACAACGCUAUGAUUACUGGCUAUUCGCACAAUGAUGAUGGUCAUUCUGCUCUUGAACUGUUUCAUGCUAUGAGACGGGGUAAUUUUCAGCCUGAUGACUUUACAUUUACUAGCGUGCUCAGUGCUUUGGCACUUAUUGUUGAUAAUGAGCAGCAAUGUAGCCAAAUUCAUGGUGCGGUGGUAAAAUCUGGAACUGGGCUUGUUUCUUCAGUGUUAAACGCUCUCCUAUCUGUUUAUGUUAAAUGUGCAUCUUCACCAUUAGUGUUAUCAUCUUCACUAAUGGCAUCAGCUAGGAAACUUUUUGAUGAAAUGCCAGAGAGGGAUGAAUUAACAUGGACAACAAUGAUUACUGGGUAUGUGCGGAAUGAUGAUCUGAAUGGAGCGCACGGACUUCUUGAUACAAUGACUGAAAAGCUGGGGGUAGCAUGGAAUUCAAUGAUCUCUGGAUAUGUGCACCAUGGUCUUUUCCAGGAAGCCUUAACAUUGUUUAGGAAAAUGCGUUUGCUUGGAGUCCAGCAUGAUGAGUUCACCUACACAAGCGUGAUUAGUGCUUGUGCCAAUGGUGGUUUUUUUCAACUGGGAAAACAGGUGCAUGCUUACAUUCUAAAAAAUGAGCUCAACCCAAAUCAUGAUUUUAUAUUGUCUGUGAGUAAUGCAUUGAUUACUUUGUAUUGGAAGUUCGGUAAAGUUGAUGGGGCACGGAAGAUUUUUUAUGAGAUGCCAAUUAAAGAUAUUGUUACUUGGAAUGCAAUCUUAUCAGGGUAUGUGAAUUCAGGGCGGAUGGAGGAGGCAAAGUCUUUCUUUGUAGAAAUGCCAGAGAAAAACCUUCUUACUUGGACUGUGAUGAUUUCAGGAUUAGCACAAAAUGGAUUUGGGGAAGAGGGUUUGAAGCUGUUUAACCAAAUGAGGUUAGAUGGUUAUGAACCCUGUGAUUAUGCAUUUGCAGGAGCAAUUACAGCUUGUUCUGUGCUUGGAGCAUUGGAGAAUGGUCGCCAGCUCCAUGCUCAGCUUAUUCAUCUUGGUCACGAUUCAAGCCUCUCAGUUGGCAAUGCAAUGAUCUCAAUGUAUGCAAGAUGUGGAGUGGUUGAAGCUGCAAAAUCUUUGUUCCUCACUAUGCCUUUUGUGGAUUCGGUUUCAUGGAAUGCGAUGAUUGCAGCACUGGGACAGCAUGGGCAUGGUGUAAAAGCAAUAGAACUUUUUGAACGAAUGUUGGAAGAGGGUAUACUCCCCGAUAGAAUAACAUUUCUUACUGUUAUCUCUGCAUGUAGUCAUGCAGGUUUGGUUGAUGAAGGACACAAGUAUUUUAAUUCAAUGUCUGAAACUUAUGGCAUUACUCCUGGUGAGGAUCAUUAUGCUCGGAUGAUCGAUUUGUUUUGUCGAGCUGGGAAGUUCUCAGAUGCAAAGAAUGUCAUUGAUUCCAUGCCUUGCAAACCUGGGGCACCAAUGUGGGAGGCUCUUCUUGCUGGCUGUCGGAUUCAUGGAAACAUGGAUUUAGGAGUAGAAGCUGCUGAAAGGCUUUUUGAGUUAAUGCCACAACACGAUGGAACCUAUGUACUUUUGUCAAACAUGUAUGCCAAUGUUGGCCGGUGGAAUGAUGUUGCAAGGGUGCGGAAACUGAUGAGAGAUCGAGGGGUCAAGAAGGAGCCUGCUUGUAGUUGGACUGAGGUUGAGAACAAGGUUCAUGUCUUUUUGGUGGAUGAUACUGUGCAUCCUGAGGUGCUAUCUGUCUACAAUUAUUUGGAGCAACUAAGCCUUGAAAUGAAGAAACUAGGAUAUAUUCCGGAUACAAAGUAUGUGUUACAUGAUAUGGAAUCUGAACAUAAAGAAUAUGCUUUGUCUACUCACAGUGAGAAGCUUGCAGUUGGGUUUGGGCUAAUGAAGCUCCCUAAAGGUGCCACGGUUAGGGUUUUCAAGAACCUUAGGAUCUGUGGGGAUUGCCACAAUGCAUUCAAGUUCAUGUCUAAAGUGGUGAGGAGGGAGAUAGUAGUGAGAGAUGGAAAGAGGUUUCACCAUUUCAAGAAUGGUGAAUGCUCGUGCGGUAAUUACUGGUGAUUUUGACUCUCGUUUACCUGGCUAGUGAUUUUCUCGGCUGGUCUAAAAAAUGGCCAUAUAUCACUUGAAACAUGCAAGGAGGUCGUCGGUGAAAUUGCUCACCAAGUCACUGAACUAUCAAGUCCAGUUGAAUGAUUUGAAGGGAAGAUGGAAUCUUUGAACAGACAUUGGUUGUUGCUGCAUACGUGAGUAGUCGUGCCCAGUACCGUAGCACUAGAAAUUCAAUCUGCCACAGUUAAAGCUGUCUCCUGCAAGCUCACGACACGAGCACCUGCCCCCUUUUCUUAACUCGUGACAGCAUUCUUCAUCGUCGUGCUGUGAGCUCCAUUGAGAGAGCAAAGUUCACUUGAAGUUGUUCGCUACAUACUUGCAAACUCACAAAUGGCUUUCAAUCUGCGUGGAUAGGUAAAAUUUUCGGCUGCCCAUCAUCUUUUUAUUUCUUUAUGCCUAUUUUAUCUACUCAUUACCCCCAUUUGUUUUAGUUGCAUUAUUGGAAUAUCAUGUAAACUAAAAGACAACAAUGCAUCACACCAAGAAUCACUCCGUAAUGAGGGAUUUUUGUCUACAUUAUGGAGUUUGGUGUAAGCCGCCAAAACGAAGGAUAGGACUCUUAAAUUUGAGAAAAGAAAUGUUGCUGCAGUUUACUUGCUUUCACAAGCUUCCUUCAUCUGAUUCUUGAACGAAAUCGUGAAUCUGUAGAUUGAAACAUUCAAGAACACUUUCAUUUCUGAUAAAAGAAGGCUUCAUCAUCUUGGUUAAGGUAUGCUUUGCUAUGGACUUCAAAAAUUUCUUAGUUUUGUUUUUCACUCAUAUGAAUUGAAAUCAUAAAAGCUGUGGGAUUUUGGCCUUUGCCCAGAAAGUUUGUUUACUUUACUGAAAAUCUCCCAGACACGGUGUUUUUUUCUUCACUCUUAAGGAUAGUAUUUUACUUUUCGAAGCUUCUCCUUCACUCUUAUUGAAGAUUAGAUUGGUCACUUGAAUCUUUCUGAACUUUUUGAAUUGGAAUCUGAAAUUCUUUGGAAUAUAAGAGUUUAGGUGAAUAUAUUGACACUGGUUCUGGGACCAAA